UUUUGGUUCGUCAAGGUGUACGGACGGAUAUUCCGUUCAAACAAGACUGUUUUUUUUUUUUUUUCUGAAAAUUAAAGAAAAAAAAACCCCAGAUCUGAUUGUAUACUAGAUUUUCUGUGAUAAUUAUUUUAUAAAUAUAUUUGUUUUUGAUCAAAAUCGAUUCUGUUUCUUGUAUUUUCACUGAUUUAUUGUUUAAUUUUAACUUCACUUUUUAAUGUUCCAAAUUUAACACACACUAUGAGGAAAAAGCUUGAUACCCGUUUCCCAGCUGCUCGGAUUAAAAAGAUAAUGCAAGCUGAUGAAGAUGUGGGGAAGAUAGCAUUGGCAGUGCCUGUGCUAGUUUCAAAAGCAUUGGAAUUAUUUUUGCAAGACCUAUGUGAUCGCACUUAUGAGAUAACACUACAAAGAGGGGCAAAGACAAUGAGUGCACUGCAUUUAAAACAUUGUGUACAGAGCUAUAAUGUGUUUGAUUUUCUGAGGGAUAUUGUUAGUAAAGUUCCUGACUAUGGUCAUGGUCAUUCUGAAGCCGCUGGUGAGGAUCGAACUAUUGCUAAGCGAAGGAAAGCUGCUGGUGAUGAAUGCAAUGACAGUGACGAAGAGUCAAAGAGGAGCAAGAUGCAUGAGAUGGGUCAUGUCAGUGGCAGUGGUAGAGGGAGGGGUCGGGGACGAGGAAGAGGCCGUGGACGAGGUGCUCGACAUUUGGAAAGAGAGUCCUCUCAUCGUGAGAUGGAUUCAGAACCUUCUACAGCUGUUCAUCAUGGCAUCAAAGAUAAUUCGGUUUCUGGAAUGGUGGUGGAUACUGCUUCUGAAUCAAAGGAGUCAACAAAGGAAAAUGUUAUAGGCAAUGAUGGUGCUAAUGCAACUGCUCGAAAUUUUGAUCUGAAUGCUGACUUAGAUGACAAUAUGGACAUGAAGGCUGCAGUAUCACCACAACCAGCUCCAGCUCCUACCCCAGCUCCUGCUUCAGCCCCAGCCCCAGUUCCGGUACCUGUAUCUGACUCGGCACCGGCACCGGCACCGGCACCAGCACCAGCACCAGCACCAAUGCCAACACCAGCACCAGCACCAACACUUGCACUAGCUAAUACCUCCUCAGCAGGCCCUUCUGAGGAGAUUAAACAUGAAGAUAUUCCAGGUUGGUCUCUCUCAGAGAUGGACAGAAUGGCCAUUGACCCUCUUCAGCUAGCAAACCUUGGCAGAAGGUUGGAUGACGACGAUGAAGAUUACGAUGAAGAAGGGUAACAAAAUAUGAAGCGAGGAGUCUCGAUUAGGAUAGUCAUCAAGAUCAGACUAAUGGGCAGUGAACAAACACAAGAAAAACUGAAGAUAGACACAAGCAUAAUUAUGGCCUACUUGGUGGAGAAUGAAAAUAUGCUAAUUGGGUUCUCUCUGGGAAGGGCUUGAAUGCGAUACUCUUUGUUUCUAUUCUGUUCUUCACCAUGAUGUGCAUUUUCUGCGGUAUCUUUUCCUAACUGGUUCUUUUACAGGAACUAAAUUUGCAUGACAAUUGGAGCACGCUUACUUUGUGCAUUUCAACUCUGUAAUGUAGGCAGAAUAUGGCAGCCAUAGUAGUAGUAUUAGUAGUAGUAGUGUUAGUAAAUCAUUUAGUGCUUUGUUUAACUUUUUUGUUUAACUUAUUAUAUGGUGUAGUAGUGUAGCCUUUGAUUUGCUUUUGCUGCAGAAGGCAUAAUCAGUAAAGGGCCUUCAAAUUUCUUCUGA